AUGACAAGUCCUGUAGCUCUAUGUAUUCUUUCACUAUCAUGCGCCAUAAUCUUAUGCGUACGAGACAUCACAAACUUGAUAAAAUGCUUCAGCUAUCUGUUGAGCCUUAGCGGAUUAUGGUAUUUUUGGAGGGGGUUUCUUUGGCCACUGUACUUCUCGCCGCUGAGGCAUUUGCAGUCAGUACCUGAGAGUGGUUGGUUCAGUGCAGAAACCUUGAGACUGUACACCGAGCCCAGAGGGGUUGCACAGUGCGAAUGGUAUCUCAAAGAUGUGCCAGAAGGUUUGGUACGCUAUCGGUCUCUGUUGGGCUUCGAAAGACUUCUUGUUGUCUCUCCGGAGGCACUCGCCGAUGUUCUCGUGACUAGGAGCUACGAGUUUCGAAAACCGCCCUUUGUUGUAACAUUACUGAGGCAGAUCCUUGGUAGGGGCAUUUUGUUAGCAGAGGGAGAUGAACACAGGAUGCAGCGGAAGGAGCUGCUGCCAGCAUUUUCCUUUCGGCAUGUCAAAGAAUUGUACCCUGUUAUGUGGCGUGUUGGAGAAAGUCUAACAAGUGUUAUGGCUAAAACACUUCAGUACGAAACGCCAACAAGGCUUGACAUGUUGGACUUUCCUUUAGACCUAGCUAGUCGAGCCACACUCGAUAUCAUAGGCGUUGCAGGUAUGGGUCAGGACUUCGGGGCCAUCCGUAACCCCAGUAACAACCUUCACCAAGCAUACAGCCUUCUUGUUCAAUCCUCUAAACAAGCUACCUUUAUCGGAAUUCUCCGACUUGUAUUUCCAGAUUGGCUUGUAAAUCAUCUUCCUUUGGAAAGAAACACCCAGGUAAACCACGCGAUACAAGUUGUCCGUUCAUCAUGUCAACAGAUGAUUCGAGAGAUAAGGCCACGCGAGAAGGACCCUAGAUCGAAAGCCGAUGUCGAUAUUCAUAAUAAGAAUAUACUCACUGUGGCUGCCGCUUCUGGGACCUUCACGGACGAGCUACUUGUCGAUCAACUCAUGACUUUCCUAGCAGCAGGUCAUGAGACCACCGCCACAGCCCUGACCUGGGCUAUCUACAUUAUUUGUGCAUGUCCAGAUAUCCAAGACAAGCUCCGCGAUGAAGUCUGGUCUCGCCUACCCAGGUAUUCACCGACAUCCGAGAGCAUUCCUAAAGACCUCAGUACUAUAAUAGAUUCUAAGAUGCCGUACCUCAACGCGGUUUGUCUCGAGGUAUUUCGCUACUUUUCUCCUGUACCUGUUACGUUCAGGGAGGCUAUUAAAGACACUUGCAUCUUUCAUACGCCUGUACCUGCUGGGACUUUGGUCGUGCUCGCCCCACGCGUCACCAAUCGCCACAGUACUCUCUGGGGCCCCGAUGCCCUCAUAUUCAACCCUGAUCAUUUUAAGAGUGAUGGGCUACAAAAUGGAACGGACAAGAAGAGGACCGGCCAUCGAAACAAUUUCGCCAUGAUGACAUUUUUGCAUGGGCCAAGAAGUUGCAUUGGGCAGUCAUUCGCCAAAGCAGAACUUGCUAUCUUAUUGGCGUCUUUAGUCGAAAAGUUUGAAUUUAAAUUGGCAAAAGAAACACCUAUAAACGAGAAGGAAAUCAAAGUAUCGAGGGGUGCUACAGCAAGACCAGAAAAUGGACUCAUGGUCCAAAUUCGAAAGGCCGAACCUAAGUGA